AUGGCGUUGACAAUCGGCUACGGAGCAUUGGCCGCGCUUGGCGGUGCGAUAAUCUACGCGAAUCUUCCGACCCGGCUGACGAUCGGAGCGAUUGCACCAACAGCUCAGUACCUAGCCUCCGCGAAGUUGGUCAAGAUCGAUGACGAGAAGAGCGUUGACAAAUCGAAGAGCCUUGAGGCUUCCACCCUUUUCAACAAGGGACCGACGAUGGUCAUGGCUGUUCGACGGCCCGGAUGCCUACUUUGCAGACGUGAAGCUGCGCACCUCUCCGAGCUGAAGUCACUUCUUGAUGAAAAGAAAAUUGCGCUCAUCGGAGUGGUCCACGAGACGAAGGGCGUCAACGAAUUCAAGCCCUACUUCAAGGGAGACAUCUAUUUUGAUGAAGAGAAGCACUUCUACGGCCCCAACCAGCGCUGGCUGCCGGUUUGGAUGGGCUUCUUGCGCGUGGGUACCUAUCGCAAUGUCUGGGCCACGAAGCAGGAAGGUUUCGAAGGAAACAUGAGGGGGGAGGGCCGACUUCUCGGAGGCGUCUACCUUGUCGACGGCGAUCGUCUCGUCUGGCACCAUCUGGAGAAGGAAUGGGGUGAUGCUGCCAAUAUCGACGAGGUCCAGCUGAUGCUACCCCGGUUAGGUAUUAUACGAAAAUUUUCGUCAAAAAGCGUUGUGCACGAUGUGAUUGUUAUCGGUGGUGGCCACGCCGGUUGUGAAGCCGCAGCAGCAGCAGCAAGAUGCGGUGCUUCCACCGUGUUGUUGACGCACAAAGCGAGCACCAUCGGGGAGAUGAGCUGCAACCCGAGCUUUGGAGGCAUUGGGAAAGGUCAUCUGCUUCGGGAAGUGGACGCGCUGGACGGCGUCUCUCCGCGGAUUUGUGACAAAUCGGCCAUCACCUACCAGGCGCUAAAUCGUACGCACGGCCCGGCUGUUAUUGGUCUACGAGCGCAAAUCGAUCGCAAGCUGUAUAAGAAGCAUAUGCAAAAGGAAAUAUUGGAAUCGACGCCAGGGUUAUCGGUGAUCGAGGGUGCAGUUGAGGACUUGAGUUACGAGGAUUUAAAUGGAAAACCAGUGGUCAAUGGUGUCAUCCUUGAAUCCGGCGAAAAGUUGGCGGCUCGCUCGGUCGUCAUCACCACCGGCACCUUCCUAGGCGCCGAAAUAUUUUUGGGGAUCAAGCGAUGGCCAGCGGGACGGAUCGGGGAAAAGAGCAGCACCGGACUUCCGGCUACUUUUCGGCGUAUCGGUGUUGAACUGGGGCGGUUACGAACCGGUACCCCGCCACGGAUCGUGAAGAACACUGUCGAUUUCUCGAAAUUCACGGCGAUGAUGCCAGACGAGGUGCCGAUCCCAUUUUCAUUUCUGACCGAGAACGUCUGGCUCCCACCCGAAGAGCAGUUACCAACAUACCUUGGAGAAACGAAUGAACGUGUGCGUGAGAUAGCACAAGCAAAUUUGCAUCGUAACGAGCACGUGCAGGCAGAGCACAAUGGGCCAAGAUAUUGUCCGUCCCUUGAGAGCAAGGUCAUUCGAUUUCCACACCUGACACAUCGUCUUUUCCUGGAGCAUGAAGGCUUGGAUUCAGAUUUGAUAUAUCCGCAGGGCAUGUCGAUGACCUUUGAAGAAUCGGUUCAACUCGAGAUCAUGCGAGCCAUCCCUGGGCUUGAAAAAGUCGAAAUCGCACAGCCCGGCUACGGUGUCCAAUACGAUUUCGUCAACCCGCGGCAGUUGAAGACUAGUUUGGAGAUGAAAAACGUUUCCGGCCUAUUCCUGGCUGGUCAAAUCAACGGCACGACCGGAUAUGAAGAGGCAGCUGCUCAGGGGAUUCUAGCUGGGAUAAACGCAGCCGCUAGUGCCAAUGGCUCCGAGCCGCUUCACCUCGGCAGGACACAAGCCUAUCUCGGUGUCCUCAUCGAUGACCUUACAACCCUUGGCACAAACGAGCCCUAUCGAAUGUUUACAUCGCGUGCGGAAUGUCGUCUACAUCUAAGACCUGACAAUGCCGAUAUGCGACUUACGCGCUUGGGGCACGAGCAUGGAGCGAUCUCGGACCGAAGAUGGCAACACUUCGAAGCACUUGAGAAUGAUCUGACUAUCAUUUCGGAUCGUCUGAAGUCUGUUUCGUUGAGUAUGGCGAAAUGGGGACGUUUGAUACCACGGCUACAGGCUCCUCGUCAGAGUUCAAAAGUGAAUACGGCGUAUGAUAUGAUCAGUCGUCAUGCGGUAUCCUUCGAGGAAAUUGCUGAUGCGUUGCCAGAGUUCUCGGAUCUACGCACACAAACAUCACUUGAAGAGAGGAUUCGAGUAGAUUCGCUGUACUCCGAGCAGCACCAACGCAUGCAGGAGAAGAUUUCUGAGAUUGAACGUGAAUCGACUACAGAGAUCCCAGAAGACAUAAACUACGGGCUAAUGAAGGGAAUGAGCGACGAGUGCAUGGAAAAAUUGGAUAGAAUGAAGCCUGGGACCCUGGCCGCCGCAACUAGAAUUCCUGGUAUCACUCCCGAGGCGAUCGUUGUUCUACUACGGCACUUGAAGAGAAGUCCAGAAGCACGGAGA